UUUUUUUUUCACUUUCUUGCCCGGCUUUAAGAAUGGCGACUGCCGAUUUGAGCUCCGAGCUCCGUUGCUCCAUCUGCAUAGACAUUUACGUGGAUCCAGUGACCCUGGCAUGCGGGCACAGCUUUUGCCGGAACUGUAUCACCCAGGCUUGGGACCACCAGGGGAGGGGAGACUCGAAAUGCCCAGAAUGUAAGCAAAUCUACGGGAAGAGGCCCGAACUGAAGAUAAACGUGAGGCUUCUUAAUAUAGCAAAGGUUUUUCGAUACAGUCAACCAGAUGAAGACGAGACCGGAGUCUACUGCACUUAUUGCGAAUCGCGCGUUCCGGCCGCUAAGUCCUGCUUGCAGUGUGAGACCUCCAUGUGCGAUAACCAUCUGAGGAAACACAACGGGGCAGUACAACACGCUUUAAUUCCGCCUAGCAUGUCUGUAAGAGAUAGAAAAUGCUCCAUCCACAAGAAGAUACUAGAACAUUACUGUGCCAAGGACUGUGAAUGUAUAUGUGAGUCCUGCAGGUCGCAUGAAGAACACAGAGGACACCCGGUGGAGUCGCUGGAUGAAGCUUCAGAGAAGAAGAAGAAGAAACUCGUAAAUGUUCUGGAGACGAUGACAAGAGCGAAGGAAGAGACUGAGGAUAAGGUCCAUAGACUGCAGGAAUGCAGGACAGCCACACGAGAAAAAGCCGCCAGAAUAACCGAACGAGUUUCUACCCUGUUCAGAGACAUCAGGGGGCAGCUGGAAGACCUGGAGAAGAAAGUCUUGAGAGAAACCUCCAAGCAAGAAGAGAAGAUUUUAUCCUCGGUCUCCAACCUGAUCCGGCGACUGGAGACGAAGAAGGGCGAGCUGUCUAGGAAGAUGCGGCACAUCGAGGAGAUGAUUAACAUGGCGGACCCGCUGACCGUCCUACAAGACCAGGACUCGGGCAAAGAAGACUUUUCUGAGGACCAAGAUGAUACAAAGAUCGCAGGUGUCGGAGAGCUGACUUUCUCAGACGCGUUAUACGCAGGUUUUUCUGAUAUUAUGAAAUGCGCAAACAUUUUAUUUUACACGCAGGACCCCGCCGACCUAACGCUGGAUCCCAACACAGCUGCCGACAACCUCAAAAUGUCACAUACGUUAAGGACGGUGCGUUGGUCACAGGUGGAACAGAAGAAUCCACAGAUCCCAGAGAGAUUUGAGAAAUAUCAGGUCAUGAGUAGCGAGAGCUUCUCCUCGGGGCGCCAUUACUGGGAUGUGGAGACCGGUAGGUCAGGAGGUUGGGGGAUCGGGGUGUGUUACCCCAGUAUAGAGCGAAGGGGAGACCAGUCCAUCAUUGGGCAGAACAGCCGCUCCUGGUGCUUGCGCAGACUGUGCUUGUGGAGGUGGUAUAACCAAUAUUCCGGGAGACAUGACGGUCACAUUAUACAGAUACCCCAGAAUAUUACCAGUGAUAAGAUCAGAAUCUAUCUGGAUUACGAGGCCGGGCAGAUCUCUUUUUAUGAACUGUCUGACCCCAUCCAACACCUACACACCUUCACCGCCACCUUCACCGAGCCCCUCCAUGCCGCCUUCUAUGUAUGGGGGGACUGGUGGUACAAGGACAGCUGGGUGAGAAUCAAGAGCGCUUCUGAAUCCCUCAGCCAUGAACAUGAUUGGGUGAAUAGCCAUUCAAUAGGGUCCAGCACUGAGUGAUGUUAUGGGAAUCAGGGCCGUCUUUAAUGUUGAUUCAGAAAAGUUGGAAAAGUGUGACAUUUUGUGUGUGUUUCCGAUAUGCAAAGGUCUAAACUUAGCCUUAAAAUAUAUCUUAAUCCAAAAAACAAAAAUAUAAUAGGUUGCAGCUCACCAUUCCUUAGAUGUGGUGGCUGCAUUCGUUUGCUUUUUUUAAUAAGUGAUUCCAUGAUUUCAUUGUUUAUCCCAUUAAAGUAUAACUAAAGGCAAAACAUUUUUUUUUCUUUAGUUUUGGAGUGGAGAGGGAUUAGACCC